CGGGGGAGUAUGGCGAGGGUCCAGUUCCCAUCUCCGCCGUGCGGCCUGUGUGCGUAUGGACCAUGGACGAGCUACAAAUACUGAUGUAGCCUACCCGCAAGCGAUGGUCUCAUGGAGCUUGUCAAAGCGGCAGUGUUUCAUUCGUGUUUGACUCCACAAUGCACUUUAGGAUUUCAAUAAGAUGUAUGUGUGUUUUGAGAUAAUCAUUUUUCUUCAAGUCCUCAACUUCAACUAUUUCGCCCAUGCUCAGGAUCCCGCGUGCUGCCAACAUGCUGCCGAACUCUCUCAGUGUAGGGAAGGAUGCGACCAGCUUGCAACCAUCAGAAGCGAAUCACGUCUGAAGCACUUCCUACAACGACUGCCAAGUUACUGCCCGGAAUCUAUGAAUGAGCUUUGGACCUGCAUCAAUUCAUCAUUACCAGGAACGUCACGGAAGCCAGAGGGCUGGGUUGGUCUGGGCUGCUGUGAGCUGGCCAUUUCACCUGAGUGCCGGCGCGAGUGCAAACAGGCAUCUUCAAAAAAUGACAUCACAAAAGUAUGCAAGAAAGACACAGAGAAACCGCUCUACAAAUGUAUCACCAAAAAUGAAAUGGGCUCGCUGUGCUGUAGCUAUGCGGGAAGACACACUAACUGCCGUGAGUACUGCCAGGCCAUCUUCCGCACGGACGCCUCUCCCAGCACCUCGCAGAUCAAAGCCGUGGAGGACUACUGCCAGACCGUCAGCCCCCAGCUCAUCAGCUGCGUCAAUAACUACACCAAAUCCUACCCCAACAAGACCCCCAUCGACAGUCUGUACUGCUGCGACCGUGCAGAGGAGGCUCACUGCCAGUCUUCUUGUAAGCACAUCCUGCGCACCAUGACGACGGAGCACGAGAUCAUGGAGGGGCUCAUCAAGGAGUGCGGCAGUCAGCCCCUCCCCCAGGACCCGCUCUGGCAGUGUUUCCUGGGCAACGCCAACCCCCCGCCCCCAGACCCCGAGCCCCACCCACAGAAGAUAGACUGGGCCAAGCUCCACUGCUGUUCCAAAGCAAAUACCUCAGACUGCAGGGGCAUGUGUCAGGAGAUCAGCACCAACUGGGGCACGCAGACGUGGCAGGAGUUCGACCAGGUGUGCGAGUACAACCCCGUAGAGACCGACCUCAUCACCUGCCUGGCCGAUGUCAGAGAGCCGUGCCAGCUCGGCUGCAACGACCUGGCCUACUGCACCAACUUCAACAACAGGCCCACUGAGCUAUUCCGUAGCUGCAAUGUCCAGUCCGACCAGGGUGCCAUGAACGACAUCAAGCUGUGGUCCAACGGCACCAUCAAGAUGCCCUUCAUGAACAUCCCCGUGCUGGACAUCAGGAAGUGCCGGCCGGACAUGUGGAAGGCCGUGGCCUGCGCCCUGCAGAUCAAGCCCUGCUGUAGCAAGUCCCGUGGCAGCAUCAUCUGCAGGUCGGACUGCGUGGAUAUUCUGACCCAGUGUGGCGAUCGGAAGCGGUUCGGGGACGGACAGUCGCCAGAGCGCAUCUGUGACCUCCUAUCUCCAUCUGACGACCCUGAGCGCUGCAUCCCUCUGGAGAGAUACCUGAAGCCAAGUUCCCUUGGCAACGUCUUUGAGGAAGUCAUCCACCCCUGCAACCCCAACCCGUGUCCUAGCAACCACCUGUGCGAGGUCAAUCGCAAGGGAUGCCAUGCUACGCAGGACUGCCUGCCUUACCUGUGUGUGCAAGGCUGUAAACUGGGCGAGGCCUCUGAGUUCUUGGUGCAUAUGGACACGCGUAUCCAGGUCCCGGCGCAGAACGCAGGGGUGGGCUGCUAUGACGUGUGCACCUGCGGCCCUAGUGGACGUCUGGAGAACUGCGCCUCCAUGCCUUGCAUCGACACUGGGAAGAAGUGCAUCGUGGGAGGCCACAAAAAAGGUCAUGGGACCUCCUUCCGAGUGGACUGCCACCCGUGCUCCUGCUACGCUGGAGAGACCAUCUGCUCCACCCGCCAGUGCCUGAGCACAGACAGCUCCGACGAGGACCGCCGCCGCUUCACAGGUCUGCCAUGUGGUUGCCCGAAUAACUUCCUGCCAGUGUGUGCCCGUAACGGCCGCACCUACCCCACCGCCUGUGUGGCGCGCUGCAUGGGCUUCAAUGACAGCCACUUCCACUUUGGCACGUGCCGCAACAGCAACCCCUGCUCACCCAACCCCUGCACCAGCAGGGACAAGAGAUGUGUGCCAAGGAAGAGAGUGUGUCUGACGGACACUGCCGAGUUUCCAUGCCAACAGUUCGAGUGUGUGAGCAGGCCCCCCAGCUGUGACAAGAACCAACUGGACCCUGUGUGUGACACAGACAGCACGGAGCACCCCAACCUGUGUGUGCUCUACCAGAGAGGCAAGACCUUGGCCUACAUGGGCCACUGCCAGGACGCAUGCAGGAAGUCCCAGGAGGUGUGUGGGCACAAUGGCGAGACUUACAGCACCAUCUGCGAGGCGUAUUCGGACCGCGUCGCUGUGGACUACCACCAUCCCUGCUACGCCGUGGGGGUGGUGUCGGAGUACCCCUCAGACUCAGGCUGCAACCCCAAACACUGCCCCCCCCUCUCCACCAAGGGCUGCACACCCGUCACACCACCAGGUGCUUGUUGUCCAUUGUGUGCUGGAAUGCUACAGAUCCUUUGGAACAAACAGCAGAUGAAUGCUUUUGCCAAGUUGAACCGCAACCAGCCGGUGACGCUACACGACAUUCUGCGGAUCCUGCGUCUGCAUGUGUCCGUGCCACAGUGUGACAUCUUUGGCUACCUGAGCAUCGACUCUGAGAUCGUCAUCCUCGUAGUGCCUGUGGACCAGAAGCCCACACCACUGCAGAUCCAGGCGUGCAGUAAGGAGGCGGAGAAGAUCGAUUCUCUCAUCAACUACGGCAGCCCCACACUGGUGUCGCACGUGCCCCUGUCUGCCUUCCUGACGUCGGAGGUCAAGGUGUCCACCAUCAGCUCAUCUGCCCAGCCCUCUGCCACCCCUCUCCCCCUCUGCCUCUCCCUCCUCCUGCUGUUCCUCACAUCAGCGGGAGCAUCGUGGGGCCACUAGUCCUCUUCCUCUCCCACCCCUUCUCUCCCCCCCCUACCGCUGAUAUCCUCGCUCCCUCCUCCAACACCCGAUUGCCUCGCAAACACGACCGUGUGUGCCUGACCUCUGACCCUUUGUGGUCGCCGCGGGUGACUGGAGGAUUCCAACCUGCACCGCCUUUCGACAAUCACGACAGGACAAUCAGAAUUAGCUUUUUAUGUGACCAUCCAACAACCAAACCCUGUGGAGUGGGGAGGGUAGUUGCAGAUGCAGCCAUUUUGUUCUGUUCGUAUAGAGAACUCUGAGCGAGGCGGAACUGGUCUGCACUGCUCCCUGCCUGCUCAACUCCAGGUCAGCAGAAGAGAAAGAGAAAGAAAGGGAGAAAGAGAGAGGGAUAGAGAGAGAUAGAGAGAAUGAGAAGGGCCAGGUGGCUGGAUUUCUCUGCGGGUUGUGGGGGGAAGAUACAUUUCUCUCCCCAUACGACAUCUGUCCUGGUCAUUUGGGCUUCAUCACUGCUUAACCCUCUGUGAACCCCCCCCCCACACACCCACACACACACACACAUCCAGCCCUGUGCACUCACCUCUCUCACACGCGUCUCUAUGUAAAUAAGAGGGUCGAGAGAUGCCGUGCUCGAACUGGAACAAACCGAGUCCUGACAGGAGAAUCAUUCCACCCCAUAAGCUCAAAAGGGAUCUUCAUUGUUCCUCUGUGUAGAUACAAACUAUUCACAAAGGAAGAGGAGCCAUUUGUAAGUGAAUAUGACAAUCAUUGCUUAUCCACUAGUGGGUAAUAUCAACAGUAUAUAUAUAUAUAAAUAUAGAUAUAUAUAAAUAUAUCUGUAAAAAAUUCCUAUAUGAAGUAAUGCAAAAAUGUAAUGUAUGAAUUAAAGAAAUAGCAAAAUGUUUUAUUUUGUUCUAAAAUGAAGAAGAUCACGAUGUGCCAUGUUUUAAAUGUUAUUCUUGCAUGACAAUUAUGAAGGGUUUUUAUUUUUAUUUUUGGUUUUGUCUUGAAUGUAUUGUGUUUCGGAUCUUUGUCUUUGUGUCCAUGUCCUUGUCUUCUUCCUGUCCUUAUGUGUUUUUAAGAAACUGCCUAUGACACAUGAAGUCUCCUCCCAACCCCCCACCCCCACCUUAUCAACAGUAUUAUUGUGCCUAGGCAGCUGUAUUGCAACAGUCCCUGUUUUGUUAUCUCAUCUCUCUUCUUUUCCACUCUUUUGUUUUGCUUUAUAUUGUUGUUGUGUUUUGUUUCUGUGUUUUGUUGUUUGUCAUUUCCUGUCAUAUUUUGUACUACAUUAAAUGUGUUCAUAUUUGCCAACGCGAGUAGAGUGCAUAGAGAUUGUUCUGGCUACCCAGUGUGCCUUUAAAUAUCGCUGGAUGGCUUGUGGUUUUGAACGGCUCCUUGCAAUGUGUUGAAACGCCAAGAGAAUGCAUAUUUUAUAAAGCAUAAAGCCUGACUGUGGACAGAG